UAUCUGUGAAUAAUCUUAUAUAAUAAAAUUGUAUAUAAAUAUAAAUUGUGUGUGUCUUAUAUAAUAUAUUGUAAAAUACAUUUUUAACCGUUGCCACGAGAGUGACGCGAUCGGCAGGGAGCCAGUGAAGAGUGAAUCGACCAAUCGAGAUUUCACGAUACCACGGGAACCGGAGUUGGCCAUCCUGAAUAGAUCGAGGUCCAAGGAGGAUGUAAAAUCUAAAAAGGUUACAGUAAACAAAAAAGUGCUGAUCAUUGUCGAUCGGCUAUACCUUGGGUAUAUUACCACAUGGCGGACGGCUUUACAGUGCUACUCACGUCCAAUGUUCGUCGCAAUCAGCCGCGGGUCUGAGCUUCAUUCUAGGCGAGUUUUGUAAUAUUUAUAUUUUUAUUCCUCUAUUCUUGGAAACGUAAUUAGUGACUACGGAUUGAUAGUGAGCAUUAUAUGGUCACUACUUGUCGUGUUUCAUUCGCGAGUGAUUUUUUUUUUUAUUUUGUCUGAAAGCAAAUGUUUCUGUUUUUGUUUUAACUUUGCUUUCGCGUCUUCAUUUUAACUCUUUCUGUGAUCUCAACCGCCACAGUGUUUAAAUGGUCGGCCUACCGAACUCAAUUCACUGACUUAUGGCGAAACAUUUUGACUUUAUUUUUUCUCAACGGCUUGUAGUUACUUAAAUACGUUUUACAACUUAUCACUUAACUGACCGUUUAGUGCUCAUUUGGUGUAAAUUAACACUAUUGAAGCGCUUCUUUUCAGAUUUUAGUGAUAUUAAACGAACGAUAAUACAACAGAUAUCCAUUAUUUAUUUAUUAAAUAUAUUUGGUAUUCAGAUUAUAUUAGUGGAAUAUCAGCUAUUUAUACUAUGAAUUGAAAUUUGAAAUUCAAUAUGUCGGUAAUCAUAAAACCUGAACAUAUUAGUGGAGUAGUGGAGGUGUCAUCAGAUGAUGAAGAGGCAGUAUCAAUGUUAUCAACCAUUAAUAGUGAAGUUCCUCUUCCCGAAGCUAGUGGACGCCCUUCAACACCGGAUUCACAGUGCUCAAUUUGUCUGGAUGAUCUAACAAAUAAAUGUCAUACGGAUCAAUGUUGGCAUGCAUUUUGUUUUGAGUGCUUACAAAGAUGGUCAAAUUCUGAAGCAACUUGUCCAUUAUGUAAGAAAAGGUUCAAUUUUAUUUAUCAUUCAAUUGCUGAUGAUGGUGUCCAUGAAACAUAUGAUGUUCCUAGACUGGUGGCCAGAUUACCAUCUUUUUCUAGACCAAGAAUAUUCAUACGGCCAUUCGCUGAAAUGACAGAUGAUAUAGACAGAAUGUUCAGAAUGAAUUUGUUUUUGGAUAUUGUCCGUAGAAAUGACAACAUGAUGGGCUUGCGAUAUGACGAGAACUCAGUGGACUUAAAUCAUAAUGCUAAUGCCAUGAAUCAAUUUUUAACUGAUCCAUCUGCAAAUUAUCCACGCCCUAAUCUACAAAGACCAAUCAUUGGUCAAGGAUUUAGAAUACGAGUGUAUAUUACUAAUAUGUGGGCUGAACCAUUACCUGAUGCAACUGGCCGUUUUAGAGAUUGUUCCUCAGCCUUCUAUCGAGAUAAUCCAGCACAAACGUAUAGAUUGCAUUCAUUCAUCCUUAGAGAUCUGGUUGCAGUAAGGGAAUCUGUAAGAUCAGAGGGUCAGCAAAUGCCUUUUCCGGUGAAUACUGAUGUUACUGUGACAAAUUUGAUAAUGAGAUCACUUGCAGCAUAUGAAAUAAGACAAUUACAUAUGGUCAACGUCUUAAGGCCUUUUCUGGAUACACGUGCAGUACAUUUUUGUCAUGAACUAUACAAUUUUGCUAAUAGUCCAUACGACCUUAGUGGCUACGAUAGCAAUGUUCAAUAUACUUAUCCGGGGCUUGACAGUGAAUUAAUUACCGCACUUUAUAGGGACCCAUUACCACCAAUCCAUAUUAUUGGUGAAACCAUUGUAUUGGAUUCAGAUAAUGAAGAAGUUGUAAGGCCACAUGUAAUGGAAGUUAUCGAAGUUAGUUCCAGUGUUGAUGACUCUGACGUUGAAAUUCUAAGUCACUCCUUCCUUUCUAUUGAUCCACUCAAUUCUAUAGACCAACCAUCUACAUCUACUGGAAUUCGAGAUUCAUUAGAUCGACCCAACAAUAGAUAUAAUUUAAGGAGACGAAGAAUAUUCUCACCUACUAUAAAUGAUUCUCCUAAUUAUCAAUCUGUGUAUGGUGAUUUAUCUCGAAUGUCAUAUCCAUCUCAAGGAAGAAGAGGAAGGCCCAUUCUAGAUUCCUCAUCAGAUGAUGAAGAACCAAUAACUGGUCCUCGAGGUUCGCAUACUACUCUUAGAAAAUCUCGAAAUGUUAAUGACAAAAGGAAAAAAAAAACCAAGAAAAAUAAAAAGAAAAAAAGAAAAGUAAACACCAAUGAUUCACGAUCUGAAAUCCGCAGUAACAACAGAAGUCGUUCAUAUUCAGAAUCAUCCUCAUCUUCAGAAGAAACAGAUAUAAGACCAAUUAAUAGUUUUAUUCUACCGAGUUAAGUUGAGUUCAUUGAACUAGUGUAAAUUUGUCUAAAAGAAAA